UGGACGCUGACCAGCGGUUCGUGCCUCGGCUCAUCCCGGGCCAGCUGCAUGGAGGCGGCGGCGGGCGGCCCCAGUAUGCGGGGAACAGUGGACGAUGGCGCCGAGGCGGAGGCCGGGGAACUGCUGCCCUUCCUGGCGCUGGGGGCGCGGGCGGACCUGCAGGCGGCGGCGGUACGGCACGUGCUGGCGCUGACCGGCUCCGGGCCGGGCCGCGCGCUGCUCGGGAGGCAGGCGGCUCUGCUGCGGGCGCUGGCCGAAUUGGCGGCAUCCCGGGCCCCGGCCCCGGCCUGUGACGCCGCCCGCGCGCUGGUGAAUCUGGCAGCCGACCCGGGCCUGCACGAACCGCUGCUGGCGGCCGACCCCGGAUUGCUUGCCCGCUUGCUGGGCCGAGCCUUGGAUCCACAGUGGCCUUGGGCGGACGAGGCAGCCGCUGCGCUGGCCAACCUCAGCCGGGAACCGGCGCCCUGCGCCGCUGUCAUGGGGGUGCUGGAGGCCGCAGAGCCGGGGGAGCCAGCGCUAGAGCGCUUGGUGCGCGCGCUGUGCACGCCCGGCUACAACGCCCGUGCUCCCCUGCACUACCUGGCACCGCUGCUCUCUAACCUCAGCCAGCGGCCAGCGGCGCGCUCCUUCCUGCUGGACUCCGACAGGUGUGUGAUCCAGCGGCUCCUGCCCCUCAUCCAGGCAGCAGACUCCUCAGUUCGAAGAGGCGGAGUAGUGGGGACACUUCGGAACUGCUGCUUCGAGCACCGACACCACGAGUGGUUGCUGGGUCCUGAGGUGGACAUUCUCCCGUUCUUGCUGCUGCCCCUGGCGGGGCCUGGGGAUUUUCCCGAGGAGGAGAUGGAACGGCUGCCUGUCGACCUGCAGUACCUACCUCCGGACAAGCAGCGAGAACCUGAUGCUGACAUCCGAAAGAUGCUCAUUGAGGCCAUCAUGCUGUUGACAGCCACAGCACCAGGUCGGCAGCAGGUGCGACACCAGGGAGCCUACCUGGUCCUUCGAGAGCUACACAGCUGGGAACCGGAACCUGCUGUCCGAGUGGCCUGUGAAAAGCUCAUCCAGGUGCUUAUUGGAGAUGAGCCUGAGUGUGGCAUGGAGAACCUGCUAGAGGUCCAGGUGCCAGAGGAUGUGGAGCAGCGGUUGCAGCAGCUGGACCACCAUGAACAGGAACAGUGUGAGCAAGAGCAACAGGUGCAGGAGGGACCUGCACUCCCAUGAGGCCCUCACAGCUGCCACCACCUCCACUCUCCCUCCAGGCAUCUCUGGAGCUGGCCUGAGGCCAUGACUGAAUAAGAGCCGGGGAGCUGUGUUGAGGCUCCCAGCCCAAGGCUCCAGCCACCCAGCUCUGAGCAAGAGUUCAGUGAACUUUUGGGAGACUAAGGACACCUUCCAGUCCUGUGCCCUGUCACCACCAGCAGGAGGUCUGGAUUGGCUGCCUCCACGUGGGAUGUGGAGGAUGGGCAGUAGAACCUUGAGGGCUCAGCUGGGGUCCCCCAUGUUCAGGGCACUGCAGUGAUACCCAUCCUGCUGCCAGCUCCUCCCUAGUCCCCCUGGGCUUCCCAGUCUCUGACUGCCUGAGACCUGACUCUCUCGCCCCUCUGUGACUGCCCUGCUGGUGCAGCACACCUGGGUCCUCUCAGGAAGCCAGGGGUCAGGACUGGACCCCGCGGCCUCUGCCCCCAACAGCUUCCCUAUGACUGGUUUGCGGUUUCCCCCUGAGGCUUCCAUCUUCACGCUGGGCCUGUGUCUGGGGUCAUGCCCAGCUUCCCAGUGCCUCAUAUCCAGACUCCUGCCAUCUCCCUGGUCGGCUCCCCAGCCUCAGCUGCUCAUGCCACUCCAGACUCCACCCCGCCCCACGAGCUGAGUCCCUGAGGUGCCUAUGGGCUUGCCCACUUGCCCCAGCCUCUCCCCGGCCACCCUGAUGCCACCGUUGGCCCUAUCUGGAGCCUGGUUCCACUCAUCUUCUGGUUGUCCAGUCGCUGCCAGGCCCCAGGUGGUUGUAGGGCCUGCCUCUGUUGCCUUCCCAACUCGGUGCCACCAGCUCAUGACCCUCAAGUGCUCCCUCUCCUCAGGGUGAAUUCUCACACCUCAAAUUCUCAGAAAAUAAACUUUAUUUGCCCAUUCCUCA